GGAGGACGGUGGCCCGCGAGGCUCGAGCAGACAACGCGGCGGCGAUGUCCGCGAGCCAGGCGAGCGCCGCGGCGGUAGCGGCGGGGCCUCGCGCGUGGCUGGGCGGCCUGGGCUGCGGCCUCCCCGCGGGUCCUUGGAAGCGGGCGCGCGGCUGGCGCGGGAGCAGAGGCGGAGGCCCCGGCGCGUCCUUCUGCCCCGCAGCCUGAGCCCGGGCGGCUGGAGGGCUCCGCUGCCCGAGGAUGGGAAUUCUCUUCACCCGGAUCUGGAGGCUGUUCAAUCACCAGGAGCACAAAGUUAUCAUUGUUGGGCUGGACAAUGCUGGGAAGACUACCAUCCUUUACCAGUUUUCCAUGAAUGAAGUUGUACAUACAUCUCCUACAAUAGGAAGCAAUGUGGAAGAGAUUGUGGUUAAUAAUACACGUUUCCUGAUGUGGGAUAUUGGCGGCCAAGAAUCCCUUCGUUCUUCCUGGAACACUUACUAUACUAACACAGAGUUUGUAAUAGUUGUUGUGGACAGCACAGACAGAGAAAGAAUUUCUGUAACUAGAGAAGAGCUCUACAAAAUGCUAGCCCACGAGGACCUAAGAAAAGCUGGGUUGCUGAUUUUUGCUAAUAAACAAGAUGUUAAAGAAUGCAUGACAGUAGCAGAAAUCUCCCAGUUUUUGAAGCUCACUUCUAUAAAAGACCACCAGUGGCAUAUCCAAGCAUGCUGUGCUCUUACUGGCGAGGGGUUAUGCCAAGGACUUGAAUGGAUGAUGUCACGGCUGAAGAUCAGAUGAUCUCUUCUUACCCCUUCUCAUGGACUCUGUAUAAACAAAGUGCUGGACUUUACCUGAAAGCUGCAAAAAAUGGUUUAGAUAUAUUUAUAAUAAACUGACUUAAGAGUUUUCUAUAAGAAGAAAAUUAAGACCACUUAUUUGAAAACAAAGAUGAAAUGUCACCACCUGGUUUGCUUACUCAUUCCUUCUAAACCUGUGACUGACUGGUAUUUUCUCAUGAUGAAUCCUCUCAGGACAUGGUAGAGCUCUGGCGAGCACAAAGGGACAGGAAGACAUUUGAACUUUGGAGCUUCAUUUCAGCGUGACUCCCCACCCCAAGUUGAAUGUUCCCUUCUCAUUACAUUGAAUCAAAUAUAAAUCAGCACAGAUACUGUUUCCAGUUUUUAAAAAUGUAAUAUUAUGAUAAGUAUUUUGCUUAAAGUUGAAUAUGUAUUGUGUAUAUACCUCAAGUUCAGGUUAAUGGCUUUGAUUUGUGUUCUAAAGGAAAGCAAAUAACACAAGGUAAUGAUUACUUGUUAUUCUCCUGAUGUCACUGAGUACCACCUUUGGUGUUAAGUGUCCCUUUUUAGUUUACCCGCUGUUCUCUGUAUUGUCCUAACAAGCCAACCCCAACCCAGAAUCGUUAAGCUGCUCCUUAAAAAUGAAACAGGAGAAAGCUUGACAUUGUAUACCUAUUUUUGUUGCUCAUAGUACAGAUGGAAAUGUGUAACACAAGUGGGUAGAGUGUCUGCUAGACUCCUGGCCUGAUGUGGCUGGGCAGAAUUACAUGGUAAGCAAUUGUCCGACUUUCCUUCUGUUGAUCCUUAUGCCAAUUCAGCUAGGAAUCAGUCAGUCAUAAAUUGUGAUUAAAAUGAUCAGGUAAUUUUUAAUUGAAAAUCAUAGUGUGAAAAAUAUCUACCCAAAGAGAUAACAUUCUAUAAAUAGUAAUUAAUUUAGCUGCAGCCUUUUUAGGUAUUAAAUUGUAUGAUAAACAGUUAAAAUGAAUUUAAGAGUAAACAUAAGGCAUAGUUUUCAAUGAACAUUAAUAAUUUCUCAGUUUGCAGAUUAGUAUCUGCGAAGCUAUCUUCUUCCAUUGCAUAAAAUGCCUUGUUUAAUAGUUAACAAAUCAAAUAUCCUGAAUGACUUCAAAAAUUUGAUUGAAAAUUUGACAUAUUACAUUAUUUGUACUAGAAUUUGACCUAAAACACCUUUUAUAUUUGUUAACUUUUUUUAGUUAACAAUCGAAGUAUUUCUGUCAUAAUUAUAAACAAAAUUAUUCUGUGUUUUAACAUAUUCUUGGUGACUCUAUAAACUUUUUGUGCCCUGAAAACUUGAAGGUUAAUUCAAACUGUCAAGAUUUAAGAUACUCAAGAAAAGAUUUAACUAGUUUUAGUAUCGGACUUUAAAAUUUCCUAAAGAUUUUGGUAAGAAAUAUAAGUCCACUUUAUAAAUAUUGAGGAAACUUUGAAAAAUCUUUCAGUAAAUGUAAGACCCUUAAUGACUAAAGCCAUUGGAUGUGAUGACUGUUACCACGGGAAGCUUUGUGUUUGAGAUCUGUGUGGUAAGGCUCCCAGUUACCUUCAGCAGUUCAUGUUUCUCCACCUGCUCUGAGAGAAUCAGCCCUCAGUCAGUAGGCUUUGCAGUGCUGAGGCCUGUUCAUGUGUUCUCAUACUUUUUCAAAUCAUGAUGAAAAUUUUUCUCCUGUAUACUAAAAAUCCUUUUAAAGACUCAAAUCUACUUUGUUGUUUUGUCAAAGACAAAUAGUCUGUAAAGUCCCCUCACCUAUCCCAGAUCUAUAGCUUCUGUAGCUUUUAAUUUGAAUAGUCGUUGGCAUAGUUGUUGGAUCAUUGUUACAUCAGUUCAGCACAUUCUGGUGUUGCCAAGGUGUUGGCUAAAAUUUAGUCUUAAUUGGAUGUUUAAAAGCAUUUACUCCAUUGUUAAAGUUGGCUCAGUUAUUGACAAGACAUAAGAAAGCAUGAGACUUCACCACAUUUGCAAAGUAACAAGGGUUUUGUUUUGGUUUGGUUUGGUUUUUUGUUUUGUUUUUUAACCCUUUUAGACUAAGCCUCAGAAAUAAUAUCAUUCCUGUGUACUUGUACAUAAAAACAAAAUUAUUACUGAGUAAAAAAGAUUUAAUAUAUGAAACUAUCAGAACUGUCGUUAACAGUAUUAAUUAGGUCUAAGUACGGUAGAGCACUCCUGAUAUCAUGCUGACAGUUUACAUGUCAUAGGGCAGAACUCUCGGCAAGUCCUGUGGUUUCAGGUGUUAAUCUGUAAACAAACAUCUCAUUUAACCUCACUGUGCUCUGUUUUGAAAAGAACAAAGAUUUAUACCUCUGUACAUGUGGAUAGAUUUAAGUGUCCUGUUUUGAUACUAAUUUUGAAAGUUGUUUAUCUUCUCUUGAUAUCUUGGUAAAACUGGCCAUAAGAUAAACCAUUUGAAUACAUUUAAGUUUGUCAUAACAUUUAUAAAGUGUAUGUUUCCCAUUAUAUUGAGAGUUUUAUUUUAAAAAUCCCCUUGUUUCUAGCACACCUUGGUUAUCACAGUAGACAAAGAAUACAGAGAAGGCAAGUGGGUUAGGCGAUGGGGAAUGAGUAUUUAUUUUUUGGUGACAUUUUCUCUUAAGAAGAAGAAAGUGCUUUAGCACUGCUGGCUGGCAUCGUUAUGCAGGUGGUAAACCUAAUUACAUAAGCAUGGCCUGAGGUAGAAAGAAGAGUGCUCCCUGGCCUUGAAGAAGUGCCUCGUAGGUAGUCAUGGAAGUUAAAGGUAAGUGCAGGAGCUUGAAGACAGGCCAGAGGUCUCUAAGGUGUUCUUUUCCUUUGUCUGAGUGUAUAGUAUUAAGAUGCCUAGAAGAGAGACGGCACUGUUCCUCUCUUAUGGGCACUUUCUAUUUCUUGCUGUAACUACAGCAAUCACAUACAGUACAGACAACCUCAAAAUCUGUUUAUAUUAGUGUAAAUAGAAAAAUUGUAGACAGCUGUCUAGUUUUCUCCGCAGGCAUUUUUGGGAAUGCAUCUAUAGUCUGUUCUGCUUUGUCAAUGGGGGAUAACAGCACAUCCUACAUCAUAUGUGAAUGUUGGGGUCUUCUAAUUGCCCUUGGUAUCCUGAUACUCUCAUUUGCAAGGUGAGGUAGAGACGGGGGUUUCUUACAUAACGGAUUUGAGCGCUUCCGUUCUCCAGACACAAUGUGGAAUUUCCUGUUGAAGAGCAACUUCCAUAGCUCAGCUAACCCUUGCUGCCCUGGAUGCUUGCUCACCACAACGAAGGCUGCUCUGAAGGGAUUCUAAGCUUUGCCCAUAACCAUUAUUCCCCAGACCACUAGGCUUUGAGUCACCUCUGUAAUUCAGUCUGCCCACCCACCAGUGACUUGACUCACACUGCUCUGCACCUUUGCAUCUUCAGAGAUGCUGAGUCUAUCAGGAGAGCAGGUUCAGAUUAUGGUAUCCAGGUACCAGUAGAAGAAUUGGAUGUUAUACUAUACUUAGCACCUUAAUUCUACUUAACAUUCAUUUUUUACGCUGACAACUAGAUUCAGAAAUACAAAAAAAAAUACAUAGACUAUGUCAGGUCCUUAAGUUAGGAGCUAGGACCAAAGGCUAUUAACUUACAUUCACAUUAUCCUCAUAUAAACAAGAGUAGUGAUGUUUUGGAGAAUACCAGUCCAGCCUGGUUAACAUGGGAAAAGAUAACAGUAUAAAACUGUAAUGUUGAACCUGAAGAUAUUCUAAAAUGAUUUCCCAUACUCUAUUUUUCCUCACGUUUGCUUAAAUAGCAAAGAUUGGCAUUAAAUGUUUAAAGGGAUUUGUAGUUUGAGACCUAAUAUUAUUACAAAAUAAACCUGCUAAUACUGGCUUUAAAAGACAGCAAAAUAAGCCACGUGUAGUGAUGUUAAGACUGUAAUCCCAGCAUUCAGGAAGCUGAGACAGGAGAGUUGCUGGGAGUACAAGGUCAGUCUGGGCUAAAUACUAUCAGCCACCAGGACUACAUAGCAAAAGUGUCACAAAGGAAAGGAAGAAAGAAAAAGCCGGCAAUCAACCAUCAUGUGUUUCUGUAGAAUCAGAUGUAAUAGAAAACAUAGAUUCAGAGUGCUUCUUAUAAAGCAUCUGUGCCAUGUUCCUCAAAGCAGGUGUGAUCCUUUAAGACUGAUAGUGGAGUGAGGGAAAGAGCAGAAUUUAGCACUCUGGAUGGUUAAAAAGUGAGUGCUUGUAUUUAACCCUAAAGUGGUUUGAAGUUGGGAAGAAAUGUAACAGGAUACAGUUGGGCUAAUUAUGCAAUAUUUCAUCUUUUUAAUUCUCUAACUUUGUACUGUCCUUAAAAACGGAUGAGUGAGUCUCUGUGGUGUUGCCUGCUCAGUGUGCAUCUCCUUGGUAGACAUUUCUCAUAGUGUGUACUUAAAAAGUGCCUGAUAUUGAUUCGUGUUGAUUUCUAAAUCCAUGUAAUAAAUGAUACAUGUUUUCUAUGAUA